AUGUCGUUCGAGCAUGACACGGAACAAGGUUACUUAGAGGAAGCCUUCGAUCAGGACUAUGAACCUGAAGAAGAAGAUGAACGUGAUUUCAACCUACGUGGACAAUUCGAUAAUAUUGAUGACUCCAAAAGAAAUGAGCUCUUGGCAGAUGCAGACAAUGAUGUCGAUGAUAUGCCGGAACUCACUGUCAGAUUCCAAGGGGAUGAUGACUAUGAAUCAGAUGAUGACGAUUCGGGUGAUGAAGGCGAUGAAGAGGAAGAACCUAUUGUGGCCGAUUUGGAUCACCAUCAAGAAAAUGUCGAUAGAGGAACCGAUGAUAUUGGGAGCCUCGUUACUGAUCUGGAGGAUCUAC